AUGAUCAAAUGCAAAGACGAUGCAAAUUUGCAAAGUCACGGAGAGUUUCCCAAAUUUCAGUAGACAGGGAGCAAGAAGUUGAUGAGAUCUGUCCAAAAUGAGUACUCUUGCAUACGCCAUACCUUUGUCUAUAAUAGGUGGAUAUAUUGUUGUAUCAUCUGUGUUAUUCAGAUUUCCGACAUUGAUUCAUUCGAAGAAGAAAUCAAAGAUUAACGCGAAGCUUAUCGCACACCGGGGAGGUGCUGCUGAAAAUUUUGAAAAUACAAUCACAGCAUUCAAACAUGCAAGAAGCAUUGGAAUGGAGAUGUUGGAGUUGGAUUGUCAGCUCACGAAGGAUAAGCAGAUAGUAGUAUCCCAUGAUGAUCACUUGUUGAGGAUAUCUGGAGAAGAUCUGCUCAUACAAGACGUCAAUUACCAGGAUUUACCAUGUUUGUCCUGUCCACUUGCUGUAACAUUUACGAAAGGUGACAUGUGUACAUCAGAGUCCACAGACCGGAAGAUACCACUCCUUAGGGAUGUAUUUGAAGAAUUCAAAGACUUCCCUAUUAAUCUUGAUAUCAAGAGAAAUGAUGAUGAACUAAUCAAUGGGGUUCUAGAUCUCAUCAGAGAAUACAAACGUGAAGCCAUUACCAUCGUGGGCAACUUCAAUGGAAAGAUUGUUGAUAAAGUACAUAAAAAGAUUCCAGAGGUUCCUCUCAUCAUGAGUAUGAGUUGUCUUGUAAAGGUUAUCCUGCUUACCUACACUGGUCUUCUACCAUUUUUUCCUCUCAAGGAAUCUUACAUAGAAAUACCCACAGGAACACUCAUCAAUGAUUUAGAAUGGACAAAGGAUGCAGGCUGUGCUCUAAGGACUGCAUUAAAGCUUUAUGAUCUUCUUGUAAUCCGCCCUUGUCUCUUUCGCCAUCUUCAAAGAAGGGGUAUAAAGGUAUAUUUAUGGGUUCUGAAUAGUGAGAGGGAGUGGUCUCGUGCCAUCUCUCUUGGUGCGGAUGGUAUCAUGACCGAUUAUCCAUCCAAAUUGAAGCAGUUCUGUGAUGAGAAGGGGUUCUGCAACUCAAGGGAUCCUUUAUUAGAGAAUAGACAUUAACAGUGGAUUGCUCCCCAUCUUGAGACUAAUCAUGCACUUUACAGAGCUGCCAAUCAGUACGUUUUUUUUUU